GUGCUUCUCAAAAGCAACAGAAAUUCAUAUUCGGUGUGUAAUGCGCUGCAUUGGAAAUUGAAUAGAAUGUUUUUCACGUGUGUUUCAUGUGUUAUGUGAAUAACUGAGAUUUUAUGAUAUAUUUAUCUGUGAUUUGCUUGCUCAAGGAAUUUAAAGAGUUUAAGUUUUAUUUUACAACAUAUACAUUCCAUAAUUUUUCAUGGACAAGGAUUUUCCUUCAUAUGUGCCUGUGCAGGAUUUACAUGAAAAUUUAUUUGCAUUACUCUGCAUGUGUGAAAUAAUACACACAUAAGUGAAUUUCUGUGAUAUAUGGUGUAUCUGAAUCUCCAAAAGUUGAAGUUGAAGCAUGAUAGCCGUGCCUUUUUCAUUCAUUUUGAGUCGUACUGUUUGCACAUUCCUACAGUUUUCCUUUUUAUCUCGUCUGAAUGAUUUCUUGUACAUAUUAAAACUAAAAAAUGUUUAGUAGUACGAGUUUUUUUGUGCACAACAGUAUCCGAUUUUUUUUUAUGACUGAAUAGUUUGUAUUGAAUGAAUUCAAACAACAUAAAUUUGGUAGAACUAAGACAAAAUGAAAGUAACUGUCUAUUUUGGAAAUGUACGGGUUAUUGUACCGUGUGGCAAAGGUGAUAUUCUUGUAAGAGAAUUGAUGGACUUAGCAAUAACACGAUAUAAAAAGGCUACCGGAAAGCCACCAUCAUCAGUGGUUACAAUUCACAAUUUAAAAAGCUCAAGAGAUGAUGGUAUAUUGUAUCCGGAUGAUCAGCUCAAUGAUGUGGCAGACGACAGAGAACAGAUAAUAGCUGUUUUUGAAGAAGAAAAUUAUUCUCCGUUACCUCAAUAUAACUGUGGAGAUGUCACGAGUACAAGUUCUGUCUGCACUGGAAGCCCUGAUAUGUUCAGUGUUGAAGUUGGAUCACACUGUAGCAUUCCUUACAAUAGUGAUGUAGAAAUAACAGAAGAUCAGCAGCCUGCAGGGGUGACUCCUCUGCAGGUAAGAAGAGGCAGUGAACCAGCUUUGAAUUGCCUUUUUCCAUUAUCUCCUUCAACAGACCCCAGUAAAAGAUGGUCAACAGCAGUUGUUAUUAAUACUAGUGAAGCUCAAGAUUCACUUGAUAACCAAGAAGAAAAUGAAGCAAAGGAAAAUGCUUCCUCCCAGGGCAGUUUGGAAAUAAAUGGUGAUAUAAAAAUGUCAUCAUUGACUUUCUUCCGAGGAUCAGGACGUUUAUCUAUCUUGGGUAACAAUGCAGAAACAUACCGCUGGGUUGAAGCUGCCGAUAGGCAGUUAAUGAAGGAUUUCAAUGAAAAUUUUUCUCUUAAACUGGCACCACCUGAAAGUUGUGAAGCUGAUGAUGCUAGUGACACAUCUAGCUUGAGUGAUGGAAGAGAAAAGACUAUAAUUUUGAGAAAUGAAACUGGACCUCUUGGAAUCCAUGUUGUACCAGAUUAUGAUAGCAAAGGAAGAGAUACUGGACUUGUUAUACAAGGUAUUGAAGCAGGUGGAAGAAUUGAUAGAGAUGGCAGGUUUCAUGUGGGUGAUCGAAUUACAGAAAUUAAUGGUAAAAGUCUUCAAAAUGUAAGCUUUCAAACUGCUCAAGAAAUAUUUAAAAAUGCUUUAAAAGCACCCCAAAUCAAACUAGAACUGGUCAGAGGCCCAGGCCAUUUACGAUCAAAAACUGCUGCUAUACCUAAAAAACCUCCACCUCCAGUUUAUCCUAAGUCAAGUAUUAAUGGAGAAGUUCAGAAAAAAGCAGACGAUGAAACAGCAUUAGUUGAAGGUGAAGAGAGAGCUGGUGGAGUGAGUACUAAAGUUGCAACUGUUACGCCAACAAAAAAAGUUCCAGCUUCUGCAACUCGUAGAAUUGCUUCAGCAAAUACCAGAAAAAUAGGGAAAAUGUUAACAAUUGAAUUAACAAAAGGGCAGGCAGGUUUAGGUUUUAGCAUAACAACAAGAGAUAAUCCUGCAGGUGGUAAUUCUCCUAUAUAUAUAAAAAAUAUUCUUCCUAAAGGUGCAGCUAUUGAAGAUGGUCGCCUGCAACCUGGAGAUAGACUGCUUGAGGUUAAUGGCAUGCCAAUGACUGGUAAAAGCCAAGCUGAGGCAGUCUCAGUUCUUCGUAAUAUACCUCUUGGUAAGACUGUGCAGUUAGUUGUGUCCCGACAAGAGUUAGAAGAAUCGGAAAAUGCUGAACAAGAUAAUGAUUCAUCAUCAAAAUUAGAUGAAGAAGCUGGCAUAUUCCCCUGGAAGCACAGAGAAAUUCUGACAUUCCAAAUUCCGUUGACUGAUUCUCAUUCAGCAGGUCUUGGUGUUAGUGUAAAAGGUAAAAGUACUUCCACUGCCAGUGGCUCAGUGGAUCUUGGUAUCUUCAUUAAAUCUGUCAUUCCUGGUGGAGCUGCUUCAAAGAUGACAAUGCAACAUUGUGUCUCGUUUGGCCUGCACGUUCUCCAGAACUGAAUCCCAUUGAAAAUGUUUGAGAUUCUUUGAUUGACAUAACCCUUCAAUAAACAAGGACACCCUCAUCCAUGCACUGACAGGGGAAUGGAGUAAAUUAGCCUAACGCCUGCUGGAUAAUGUGCAAAACAUGACACGAUGUGUGGAAUCUGGCAUC